CAGUAUAUAAACUACCUGCAUCUCUGAAUGGACAGUCUGAGGGACCUCCCAAAGACCAACCAAUCCCGUGCAGCAGCCAUGAGGAAUGAGCGGUGUGGGAUGGAUAUCGUGCAAACAAGGAGCCAAGGAUUCCCUCUCUCUUCAUCCUCAGAUGAGCUUCCUCAGUGGGCAGGGGGUUUUUCUGUCAUGCGGUCACUACCCAGAAGCACCCAGCUGGUGUUCGGUUUUCAGUCCGGCCGGGCCGUCCCUCGCCUCCGGGAGCCACGUCACCUCUAUGGGGUGGCGGGUCACGCGUCACAGGUGCUCUCGCGAUGGCCAAAGGAGUGUGAGGUCAUUGGGGAGAAGAUCAGGCACAUUGAGUGGGCGCCUCCUGUCCCUGAGCCUCUGUGUGCCCAAACUAGCACAGCCCAGAGGCCACAGGUCACAGAGGCAGGUCAGGGGAUACUGGUGUUUAAUGCAGAGGCAGGGAGAAAGAGCAUUUUCUCUGGGUCGUGUGUGGGAGGUCAGCGUAUAUACCCAAGAGAUGCCUUGGAGUCCCUCUCUAGCCCGGAUGACACCACACUGAUUUUUGAGUCUCGCUUCGAAAGCGGAAACCUGCUCCGGGCACUGCAAAUAGGUGAAUUUGAUUAUGAGCUGACCCUCCGGACGGACCUAUACACCGAGAAGCACAUGCAAUGGUUCUACUUCCGGGUCAGGAAUACGCGGGCAGGUGUGUCCUACCGCUUUACCAUCACCAACCUCCUGAAGGUUUCCAGCCUGUACACACAGGGCCAGCUACCCCUCCUCUACUCUGAGAAGAAGGCUCAAGCCUUGCGGAUAGGCUGGCACCGGACAGGUCAGGACGUGGUCUACUAUCACAAUGGGCAGUACCACCUGGACCAGCCCUGCUUCUCACUGUCCUGGACCCUGUGCUUCCCCUAUGACCAGGAUACAUGCUACCUGGCUCAUUGCUACCCAUACACGUACGCUGACCUGCGGGCAUACCUGUCCGUCAUUGAGGGCAACUCGGGGCUUGCUGCCUUCUGCAGAGUGCGCUCUCUCUGCCGCUCACUGGCCGGGAACCCAGUACCCAUCCUGACAGUGAGCACUGGGGCAGGCGCUGCCUCCCUGAGGCCGGUGGUGGUACUGACAGCACGUGUCCACCCGGGGGAGACCAGCAGCUCCUGGGUCAUGAAAGGUGUGCUGGAUCACCUACUGGGCAGCUCGGCUGACGCUGCCCUGCUCAGGAGCGCCUUCCUCUUCAAGCUGGUGCCCAUGUUGAACCCGGACGGCGUCAUCGUGGGAAACCACCGCUGCUCGCUGUCGGGUCGCGACCUCAACCGCACCUACAGGUCCAGACUCCGGGAGCUGUUUCCCACUGUGUGGGCCGUGAGAGCCAUGAUCCGACGGCUGCUGAGUGAGAGGACGGUGCUGCUGUACUGUGAUUUUCAUGGUCACAACCAACAGCAGAAUGCCUUCACCUUCGGCUGCGAGGACCCGCGCUCCGCUGGGAGGCACCCGCACGAACGCGUCUUCCCCCUUAUGCUCAGCAAGAACUGCCAGGAUAUGUUCUCCUUCCAGAGCUGUAAGUUUGAGGUUCAGCGCAGUAAGGAGGGGACAGGCCGUGUGACCCUGUGGAGGAUGGGGGUCCUCAAUAGCCUCACCUUGGAGACCUCGCUCUGUGGCUCCAGCAUCGGUUGGAGGAAGGGAACCCACUUCAACACGCGUGACCUGGAGAUGCUAGGAGUCUGUUUCUGCCGCACGCUGCUGGACUACUGUGAUCCAGACCGGACCAAGUAUAUCAUGUGUUUGAGGGAGCUCCAGGACCUGAUCAGAGUAGAGGGCGGCCCUGGCCUGGCAGAUGCCUCUCUCAGCACCAGCGACUCAAGCAGCUCGGAGUCUGAUGGAACCCUAGCCUUGAAUAACAAGAUGUCUUGGGGUACAAAGACACUCAGGUCCAAGAAGGAGAGGAACAAGUCCCACCUCGCAAAGGUGAGGGAGAAGAUCCCACAGCCAAAGGAGAAGAAGUUUCAGGAGGACCUCACCAAAGAUAGUGCAGAGAACAGCAGAUAUGGAUUGAAGCCUGUGAGGGUACCUCCAACCAUGCUUACGAGGGAUAUGUCCAAGGCAAGCCUGCGGCAGCCCUUCCCAUCAAGCCUAGGAACUUCACCUGGACAGGGUUUCCAGCCAGAGCUCUUGUGCCACCUGCUGGUGGGGCAGGAUGUGACAGCUCGGAGGCAGCUAGAGACCGGUGUCAGCGGUAGAGGCUCCUCGCUCCCAGCUCACAUCGGCACCACUUUCCGGUGGGAUCCGUUAUCCCGCCUUUGGCCCUUGACUCGGCCGGUCAUCCCUCCCUUGCUGCCGCGACUCCCCAGUGACAGCUUGUCAAGCCCCCGCACCCUGCCGGGACCCCCUAACGUCAGCAUGGGAGACAACAGCAUUGACACUCUGCCACCUCCGGAGGAGGGGAAAAAAAGCAUGUCAAAGUCUGCAGCCUCCUUUAUUGGUUUGGAGCAUAGAAUAUGCCAGAAAGAAGAAAUGGAAAAUAACAGGAAACUCAGACUCAGGAACGGAGAGAAGGCCUUCCAUUCCAACAUCCUGAAGACGGCAAACAGGCCAAAAGCAAACCCUUCACACGUUAAAUAAUGUAUGAAUUUCCAUGAGACAGUUUCGCUUCCUGAAAAUGUGGAUGUGCUGUAGAUAAUCGCUCGACUAAAUGAUGCUAAGGAGCUGUGCUGAAUGCGAAGCUGUCGGCGGCAAGGCCGUAAAUCUCUCCUCACACUCGCUGGUACCGUCCCUUAUCCACCCUGCGCCACAGGUCGGGGAGCCGGCCACCCAGCGGAGGACACUGUCUCCAGCAUCUCGCUCACUCUUCUUUUCCCGGCCAAGCUCUGCUAAAGAGCUCAGAAACUGUGAGUCAGCAGAAGCGUGGCGAUGGGCCCUUGGGCCGAGACUCCCCGGCAGUCCGAGUGACGGUUAUAUUAACCUCCUGAGAAGUCUAUCAGAAAGCACUGUUUUGUUUGGUACAGACUCAGCGUGUGGCUCGGGAAAAACCGGAGGGUCGCACGGAUGCCGCACAUGCUGUAUUAACGCGGACGGCGACUGUUUCCAAUCACUGCUUUCCGGGGGUGAGUUGCUGGAAUCUCUCCCCGGCAUCCCGGGUUAACUAUGUGCCGACAGCCUUCAGUGGAUGGAUGCAAUUUAUUUGGUGCGAGAAUUGAGGAGCUUUAGUUUAGAAAUCACUUUAAAUGGCAAUUAAUGCCUCAAAAAAUGGCUGCAUUUCAGAGGAGAGAUGCAAAGUGGCUCACAAAAGCCAGUCCUUUCUGAAACUUUCAGCUGAAAAUGGAUUUUAUGUCUAAGAUCAUUAAAAAAUAGUAAAAACUAUGAUCACAGGCAAGGAAAUGAUUCAUAUAUUUUUAAUUGUCUAUAUAUACUUUUGUAACCAUACUUUUGUAAUCUAUUACCUAACUUCUCCAGCUCACACCAUACAAAGUUUCCAAAAUAAAAACCGCCCAUUCCCUGGAUGAAGGUAGCCAAUGGGAAUCCAUAUAGCUCUGACUCCCAGUAAGAUUUCUAGGUUAUGGGAUCCCUUCUAGAAGCUCUUAGCCAUACUGAUGAACAUAAUCGGGAUUCUGGUGAAGGAAGAGCGUCAGGUGAUUGUAGCCCAAGGUAAUUAUGAGCACUUGGAUGAAUUAGUAGAGCACAAACCUGCUCAGGAUUACCUGGUAGAGGUGCUGGAUAGUGGGCAGGCUGAAGCUGAUGUCCACCAGCAAACUUGUCUGGCAAAGAUACGUAACGGCAGGCUGAUGAAGAAGCUGAUGGUCCACACAAGGACCAGCAUGAGGAUGACCAGGUCCAAAGGGGGGUGGAGAAGGGAUUGGUGACAAUAAUGGCCCAGACCAUGGAUAAUGGCACACAGGGAGCAGACACGUUCUACCAGGGCAAAGACCAGGAAGAACCGGUAGAUCUUGUAGAAAGUGUUCCCCAGUGCCCAGUAGAAGCUGACAGCUGAGUUGGGGGUGAAGGGCACCAGGAGCAGUCCGAGGGAGUCCACCACCAUCAUGCUGAGCAAGAUCAGUUCCAGGUGAACAGAGAGAAGAGCAUCAUGUUAGCACAGAAGCCACUGCCCAGGAUCACACUGCACGUGGAGGCAAAAAUGAUCCCAUAGCUGUUGUUGAUGUGCUUCAGUCAGACCUGUUUGUCUUUCACUCAGGCAGCGUUUGCUCGUGUCUGCCGUACCCUCAGUCUGUUUCACCCAGCAGCCACGUCACGUCUCCGAUAGCAGAUGUCACACCCCCUCAUUGACCGCUCAGGCCAGCCCUGCAGGCUGUGCUCAUUUCUGCGCUCCAUGGGUGAGUGGCUCUGCUAACAGCGCUUAUCAGCUCGCUGAUGACUUCAUGGCUCACUUUGCCCCCCAUGCCUUUGACUUUCAGUUGCUACUGCAUCAAGUUCAUUUAGACUGUAGAUAUAAAGAGUAUUGAUUUAAA